AUGCUGGUUGAAGGGUUCCUGCUUUUCGCCCUCUUUUUCUUGGCUUGGCAAUUUCUACAGAUGCAAUGGGCACGCCGUCAACUUCCCCCUGGCCCGGCUCCUCUUCCCAUCCUCGGCAAUUUAUGGCUGCUGGACUUUACUCUGAAACGAGAGCCGUUGAUGAAGUUAACAAGCAUCUAUGGAAACAUCUACACCAUUUGGAUGGGGACAGCUCCAAUGGUUGUGCUGAAUGGCUGCAAGGCCGUGAAAGAAGGACUCGUCACUUACUCAGAGGAGACCUCUGGAAGGCCGCUGCUGCCUCUGUUUAAGGAUCUGAUGGGCAACAAAGGUGUUUUUAUGACCACCGGCCCCGUCUGGAAGCAGCAGAAGCGCUUUGUCAUGUUGACACUGCGAAACCUGGGUAUGGGAAAGAAGAUCCUGGAGAACCGGAUCCAGGAGGAGGCGCGGAAUCUUCUGAAGGUGUUUACAAGCAAGAAAGGAUCACCCUUUGACCCCCGGACCGCUCUAGGCCAUGCUGUCGCAAACGUCAUAUGCACUUUUGUGUUCGGUCAACGCUUUCCCGAAGAGGAUGCCCAUUUCAACAAAUUGUUAAAAACUAUCCACAUGAUUGUCUACGUUCCUGGUAGCGUCUGGGGCAGGGUCUACGACUCUUUCCCCACAAUCAUGCGGAAAUUUCAGAGGCCUUACCAGCAGUUGUUUGAACACAAUGAAUUCAUGCACAAUUUCAUCAAGGACAAGAUCCAGAGUCACAAGGAGAGAUGGAAAGAAGGCGACGAACCACAGGAUCUGAUUGACUUCUAUCUGGAUUUCAUCGCCAAGAGCAAAGACGACUCGACUUCCAUUUCAAGGGAGGACAACAUGGUCCAAACUAUUGCUGACCUGUUGAUUGCAGGAGCAGAAACCAGCACCACCACUUUGUACUGGGGUCUACUUUAUUUGCUGAAAUGUCCUGAUGUGCAAGAAAAAGUCCACCAUGAAAUAGAUACCGUUCUGGGACCUUCUCAAACGAUCACGUACGAGGAUCGGAACAGAUUACCCUACACGAAUGCCGUGCUACAUGAAAUUGUUCGCUACAGCAACGUUACGAUCACUGGACCCUUGCGGGAAUGCCUGAAGGACUUUGAUAUGUUGGGAUUCCCAAUUAGAAAGGGAACCCUUUUGCUGCCCAAUGCUCAUUCGGUGUUGUAUGAUCCAGAAUACUGGGACACUCCUUGGAAAUUCAAUCCGGCGCAUUUCCUUGAUUCUGAAGGCAAUUUUGUGAACAAUGAAGCUUACCUGCCAUUCUCAACAGGGCGCCGUACCUGUGUGGGGGAGUCCCUGGCCCGAGUUGAGCUCUUCAUUUUCUUCACCAACCUUCUCCAUUCGUUCAAGUACCAGCUCCCACCAGGAGUAAAGGACAUCAGCUUUGGGGAAAUCACAGGGGCCAUCCGCCAGCCCUUCCCGUAUAACCUCUGUGCUUUUCCACGCUAA